AUUACAUACAUCACUACAACUCACAGCAUCUUGGCAAGGAGCAGUUUGGACUACCAAAUAAAGAUGGCUCUUGGUGCUUUCUCCCGCCUUGUUCUCAUUGCAUUUCUCUUUGCCAAGAUUGUGGUGGCAGAAAGCAGAAGGCUCAGCCUUGGCCAAUGUGAACUCAACAGUGUAUCUUUCCGAGAAUUAAGGGACAACUUUGAUACAAUCAAAGAAAACGUACAAACCCAAGAUAUCAGGACAGAUGUGAUUUUGCUGAAGGAAAGUGUUCUACGGGAUGUCCCGAUUUCAGAGAGUUGCUGCUUACUUCGCCAUCUGUUGAGAUUUUACGUUGAAAGCAUUUUCAAGCACUAUGAGCCAACAAGUAACCUGCUAAGAAGGAAAACCAGCGCCUUAGCCAACGCCUUCCUCAGUAUCAAGACAAAACUCAGAGAAUGUCAUAAUCAGAACAAAUGUACUUGUGGGGAAGAGGCUCACCGAAGAUUUAAACUUGUACUGGAUGAAUAUCAAAAGCUUGACAAGAGUGUAGCAGCAAUCAAAGCUCUGGGAGAGAUGGAAGUACUCUUUGCCUGGAUGGAAGGCUUCUAGAAUUGACAACAUUUUUCUUUUUCUUAAACAUUGUUAGGAUCUUUUUAAAAGUGCAAAUAUUAUUUUUAAUUCAAUAAUUCAUAACAAUAUUGAUUUUUAAAGUAUAUUUAUUUUUGCAAAUAUGCUUAUUAACUUUUUAUAAUAAUGUUUUCCAUCUGUUGGGCUGAUGUAGCUUUGGAGCUAUUAGACCAGUAACACUUUGGCAAAUAUAAAGAAAAUGAGGACUUGAGACUGUCUCUCUCACCAUAAUCCACAGUCCAAAAACUGACUGAUAUUA